AUGACGAACAAUGCGACAGAUCAUCGUCUAGAUAUUCGAUCAUUGAAUACAUCUCGAAUGUAUCGUAACGAUAAUAAUCAUUUAUUUGAAACACUUCAAAUAAAAUCCCAUGGAACAAUAACUUUUCCUCGCAAUUAUUGUAAUCGAGCAAAUUUUAUUCGAAUACCACCUAAUGCACCACCUGCACAAGUUAAAAAGCUAUUUUUUCGACAACGUUUACAUACACGUCCAUCACUUGUUAUAUCAGUAAUUGGCAGUGCAAGAGAAUAUAGUAUGAAAUCAAAAUUAUUUCGAAUAUUUCGUCAAGGUCUUAUUAAAGUGGCGAAGAGUACUGAUGUUUGGGUAUUAACAAAUGGUAUUAAUUCAAGUAUUACUAAACUUCUCGGAGAAAUUAAUCGAACAAAUCCA